AGGGACAUUUUUAGUCCUUGUAUUAAUGAUAUAUUCUAAUUUUAAUCCUUAUGUUAUCUAAUUUAACAUUAUUGACUUCAAUUAUAUCAUGUGAUGGUUUUAUCUUUCAAUUAGGGAUGUUAAAUUAGCGGGUUAAGUUGAAAUUAAAGAUAUUAAAAUGAGUUGAAAUAGAAUUGGGUUGAGUCCUAUCCACUCAAGUUUAUUUUGGACUCAAAAAAACUAAAAAAUGAGUCGUGUCUGACGUACAUCAUUUUUCUUUUAAAAAAAUUUAUAAAUGAAUAAAUAAUCUCAAUAGAUAGUAAUUCAUACAUUCGUGAUUAAAAUUGAAAAUUCUCUUAAAAUUCAUUGAGAUUAAACUCAAUUUAAAUUAUCUUAGAUCCAACCUUUAAAAUUUUAGACAGAUGGAGUGGGUUAGCUAUAAUUUUGACGUCUCCACAUUCCACUAACAGACCCAAAGAAUAAUUUAACGGAGGGAUAAAUAUAAUAUUUGGUUUAAUUGCUCUGCAAUACCGUCUCUGUCUCUGAACAGUUUUCUCUGAACAAGCUCAUUAAUUUAAGCUACAUUUGAAUAAAAUCCACCCGAAAGGGCAUUAGAUCUCUAUAUUUGUCUGACGAACGCGAAAUCAUUUAAGCUACACCAACAAAACUCACCUGAUUCUUGUUUCAGACUUCCAUUGAUAUCAACAGAGUUAGAGAAUGUCAGCCAAGGAGGAGGUUGAGGAUAGUCAUGCAUUUGUUGAAUGUAAUGGGAGUGCAUCUGUAAUCAAUGAAACACGGCUUCGAGUUUAUCCAGUUUCUGAGUAUGACUCAGGCGAAGGUUUACCAUAUGCUCCUGUAGAUUGGCCAAAUGUGGGUGAUAAGUGGGGCUGGCGGGCAGGGAAAAAAGCUACAGGUUUAGGCACCUUUAAAGAUAGAUAUCUGUAUCUUCCGAAGCGUUUUCAGGCUCUGAAAGAUGGAAAGAAAAAUGUUUUUCGGAGUAAGAUUUCAGUUAAAAAGUAUCUCCAGUCUGAGUAUCCUGAUAUGGAUAUAAACCAAUUCUUUGCCUCAUUCAGUUGGAUGAUUCCUUCGAGGCAGUCGUCAAGCUCAAAAGAUGUUGAUUUUGACUCAGAUAUGAAAGAGAGGACUUCAUCUUCAGGGACGAAAAUGCAGCCUUUACUGGCUGAUUCUCCUAUUAGAGUCAUUACUUGUAAGGCUGGUAACAAAAUUUGUAGCAGUUUAACAGCAGAAAGUCCUUUUCUGGAGACAAUGCUUUGUAAUAUAUGUUGCAGUGAGCCUGGUUUUUGCCAAGACUGUUGUUGUAUCCUUUGCUUUAAACCUAUUAGUUUGGACUAUGAUGGGUACAGUAGCAUUCGGUGUGAAGCAACAACAAAUGGCUACAUAUGUGGACAUGUUUCCCAUGUAGAGUGUGCUCUACGAGCUUACAUGGCUGGGACAGUCGGAGGAAGCAUCAAUUUGGAUGCAGAGUAUUUAUGUCGAUGCUGUGAUUCAAGGACGGAUUUGGUUGCACAUGCUCUGAAGCUUUUAAACAUUUGCACAUCCAUUGCUUCUUACGCUGACAUCGAAAAGAUUUUGAAUGUUGGCAUUUGUGUUUUGCGUGGUUCACAGAAAAGGAGUGGAAAAGAGUUGUUGCAUCGUAUUGAAUCAAUUAAGGCAAAGCUUACAAAAGGAGUCCGCAUUCAAGAUGCAUUCGUGUGUGGAUAGCAGUGCGAAAUCUCAGGUGGAAGAAAACGCGCUAGAUGAUUUCUUCUGAUCUGCCUAGAAGUUGAUCGUAAAGUUACCCUAUGUUGAUGGGAGGUAUAACAAGUACUCGGUGGAAUGUGCUUGUUUAGCUCUCUAGUGGAGCAAGAGAAUAAUAUAAUUAAGACAGUAAAAGUAGAACCCUAUAUCAGUUGCAAUUUUGUUUUUCCUAUAUGCUCCUUCACUUCCGGUCAGCGGUAUAACACAAAA